AUGAACCUUUCAGACUUGCCCAUUGAAAUCCUUACUAGAGUCCUCCCCAUUGAAGAUUACCUUAUAGAUCUUCCCACUGAGAUCAUUGUUCCAUGGUUAAAUUUAUUGCCUCAGGUUAAACUGUAUAGAAUAUUAGGGGAUAGCGGAUACGGCGCUGUACCCACCAAAGAAUUUUGGCCACUGAGCGUAACAGUAUCAGGCAAAAUUUUGAACAAGUAUGGACGAAGCUUUGAAACAGCAAAAGCGUGCGUCGCAAAAAUGAAUGAUAAACUUCGCUAUAGAGUAUUUAUCAAAGCUGGGCAUUAUGUUGAAGCCAAAUAUUAUAAGAAAUACGUCAUUUUUGACAUUGAGGCAGUUGGGCACUUGGUUCAAGAAUAUUACAAACUAUUGUUUAAACUUCAUCUUUGGCCAGGCAAUGAUCGACUGUUUGUUUUUCUAUGGUGUCAUUAUUGUGAUUGGGAUUUAUCUACAGACGGCAAGAACGCGACCUUUAUUCACCAUUCGAAAUUUCAUUAUGAUUACGUAUUGACGAAAUUAGCCAAGAUUUGGUUUACUGGGGAUAAGGUUUUGAUGUCAAUAGCCAAGAAAUCUGCUCAAAGUCACUUUGAAUUGAUUGAAAACUUGGAACUUAGCAUGUCUGUGGAUGAGUUUAUGGAAAUGAAGACUCAUUAUUCAUUUCUGAGUAAAAGUUUGCGGCCUAAAGAAUUGCGAAUAUACUUGAAUUUGGUUGAAAACAGUGUAGGCGGAGUAGUGAGCACAAAAUUCCCAGCUGAUUUUCCCACAGAGUGGGUCACUGGAUUAUUCGAAAUUAGCAAGGUGCAGGUAUUCGCUUUACACUAUUUUAACCCCAGCACUACCGUCAAUGAUCUUGGUCUGCUACUUCGCAAAAUGCCCAACGUAAUAGAACUUGAUUUAUGCUUUGGAAAGUUGGAUUUUGAAAAGGUUGCAAGGUUGUUGCCAUUCAAGAACAUUAACUGUCAUAUCCAAGUUAAGGUUGACAAACAUUUCUUUGAAACAUAUCAGUUUACGCAUAUCAGACAUGUUUGGAGGAUUGACAUUCAGGAUACGUUUGUUGUUGUUGGUUAUAUUAAAAGGGCCAUUGUGUAUGACUCCACCGCGAAGCCGUCAACACUUGCUCAAUGUCUCGGCACUUGGUUUCAAUACCUGUGGGAGAGGAAUCACAAUAAGCUUAUAUCAGGUAAGGAGUCAGUAAAGCAAUUACUUUCCAAAAAUAGGUUCAAACACCAUUUGAGCUGA